AUGGCAACACACUAUCAUAUGCAAGCUAAUGGACAAGUGGAAUUGAGCAAUAGAAAAAUCAAGAAGAACUUGAAGAAAAUCAUAUGGCCUAAUGGUAAAGAUUGGGCCGAGAAGCUUCUUGAUGCACUUUGGACCUAUAGAACAACAUUUAAAAAUCCCAUUGGCAUGUCUCUUUUCUGCCUGAUUUAUGGCAAAGCAUAUCAUUUACUUGUUGAAAUUGAGCAUUGA